AUGAAUUGUUUAUUGAAUAUAGAAGAACGACGUACAAGAUUAACUACAUGUUAUAAUGAAGGUGCGGUACGAAUACAAACUCCAAAUACUAUUCAUGAAACUCAAGAAAUCAAAUUAAACAUACAACAAGAUGAACCAUUAAAAAAAAACUUGGCAAAUUUUGUAAGAAAACAAUUGGAUAAUGAAAAAAAAUUUUAUGAUGAACAGAAUGGCUGUUUCCCUAUAAUUUGUGCAAUGUUUAAAGGAUCAAUGGUUGAUAAUAAUAUAAAUAAUGAAAGACAAAUUGAAAUUGAAAAAUUAAGAGAUCAAAGACGUGUCGUGAUAAUGUUGGAAAUUGUACGAUGGUUAAGUGAAAAAGACAAUGAUACAACUUCAAUAUUUGAUAAAGUUGUUUCAGACUUAGUGAUAAUCGAAUCCUUUGUAGAAGCGAUCAACAUUAUCAUUCGUAGUUUACGACGAGUGAAACCCAUUCAUGGAAAAUUAUUUACAUUUUUACCAGUAUUUUUAUCUACCUUUAAUACAUUAUCUGAAUGGCAUGAAAGUAAUGUUUUAAGUUUGGCAGGGGAAUUUAAAGAUAUUGUUAUGAAUGAUGAUCAGUUAAAAUUUGUUAUUGAAAAAAUUAUGAGACAUUUUGAUUCUAUGGGUAUAAAUGGAAUUCCACCUUUAAUUUAUCAAAUGCUUUUACUCUCUAGAAAGGGACAAAAAAAUUUGAUAAUAAAAGGUAUUUGCGAAUAUUUUAAUAAUCAAGAAAAAAUAGAAAAAGCGAAAUGGAUUUCCAAAGUGGACAGUUCAAAUAGAUUAACUUAUACUCCAAUAAUGGAUUUAUUUCAAAAAAUUAUUCGUAAGACUUCCUUUGGUUGGGAUCAAGUGACUCAGAGUUUAGUUCAAUUAUGUAUUUUGGUUAUGGAUACCACUGCUCCUUCGUCAAGUAAUAAAAAUACAGAUUUGUUUAAAGUAAUAAACAAAACUCCCAAGAAUGCCAAUGAAUUAACUUCAAAUUUAGGGAUAACUAUUUUAUUUGAAAUGUUCAAAAUUCACGAUAUGGUUCGUGCAGAAAUUCUGGAUCAAAUAUUAUCUCGAGUCAUAUCUAAAGCUGAUAGUGUUGAACAUUUCUUGAUUUUACUUGAAUUAAUUGUUAAAGAAGCACCUCAUUCUAUAAUCAAUUAUAUUACAAGGAUUAAAGGAGCACUUGAUUAUUUUACAUUUCUUCCUUCAAAUACCGCUGAUCGAUUAUUAAGAGCAUUACAACCUAUAAUAUAUGCAAAUAAAUCAUUCCGAAGACAAACCGCAUUGAAGGGAUAUCUUCGAUUACUAAACAUUCACACAAAUAGUAAUUGUAACAUGUGGACAAUAUCUCAAUUAUCGGCAGGUUCCUCUCGGUCAAUGCAUAAACAAGAUCAAAAUUCACUUUCUUUUGAAAUAUUUC